CCAUUUAUAUGCCCCGUUGUUGGUUGUAAGCAAGGGAAUCGCGUGUUUUUAGUACUUUACAACCAGCUGUUGAUUCAAAGUCGCCACAAAACAAAGACUCCAGACACGGACGAGCAACUGGACUGCCGGUCCAAACGCUGCCGGAGGUUUAUUUCCACAGCAAAUGUGGUUUUAAAAGAGCGCCUGAUAGUUUGCUAAAUCGCCGUUGACACGGGUUAAGAUGGACGUGAGGCUGCUCCUGAUUUCAGUUCUUCUCGGACUCUGUAGGGCACAACUAGAUGGUAACGAAUGCACCAAGGCCUCGGCCCAGUCCUGUGGAGAAUGCAUUCAGGCUGGAGAAAAGUGUGGCUGGUGUACAGACGAGGACUUUCUGAAACAGGGAGAGCAGAAGUCCACACGCUGUGAUGAGGUUGAAGCUCUGAUUAAGAAGGGCUGUUCUGAAGCCAGCAUAGAAAAUCCUCGGGGAACUGUUAGCAUCAACAAGAACCAAUCUUUAACAGACCGCACAAAGGAUGGAGUAAAACUGAAGCCAGACCAGAUCACCCAGAUUCAACCACAGAAACUCACCCUAGACCUCAGAUCAGGUGAAGCUCAGACGUUUCAUCUGACAUUCAAGAGGGCUGAGGAUUAUCCUAUAGAUCUCUACUACCUGAUGGACCUCAGCUACUCAAUGAAAGAUGAUUUAGAGAACGUUAAAAACCUGGGAACCGACCUUAUGCUUGAAAUGCAAAAGAUCACCUCUGACUUCAGGAUUGGCUUUGGCUCCUUUGUGGAGAAAACUGUCAUGCCGUACAUCAGCACAACACCAGCCAAACUGCUAAACCCCUGCACAUCAGACCAGAACUGCACCAGCCCGUUCAGCUAUAAAAAUGUGCUGAGUUUGACUGCAGAUGGAUUUCAGUUUAAUAACCUUGUUAGCAAGCAGCAGAUCUCAGGAAACCUGGACUCACCAGAGGGAGGGUUCGAUGCCAUCAUGCAAGUGGCUGUCUGUGCGAAUCAGAUCGGCUGGAGGAAUGUUACCCGUCUGCUUGUGUUUUCCACGGAUGCUGGAUUCCACUUCGCUGGAGACGGAAAACUGGGCGGCAUCGUGCUUCCUAAUGAUGGGAAAUGCCAUCUGCAGGAUAACAUGUACACCAUGAGCCAUUACUAUGACUAUCCUUCGAUUGCACAUCUUGUUCAAAAAUUAAGUGAAAACAACAUUCAGACCAUUUUUGCAGUAACUGAAGAGUUCCAGCCAGUUUACCAGGAGCUGAAAAACCUCAUUCCAAAGUCAGCUGUGGGAACGCUAUCCUCCGACUCGGGCAAUGUGAUAAAACUCAUUAUUGAUGCAUAUAAUUCUCUGUCCUCUGAGAUCAUUCUGGAGAACAGUAGACUCCCCGAAGGGGUUUCCAUCUCCUACAUCUCCCACUGCAAGAAUGGAGUGAGCGAAAAAGGAGAAAAUGGACGAAAGUGCUCCAACAUCUCCAUUGGGGAUCAGGGUGAGAACCCCAUUUACAAGAGUGCGGUGACAACGGUGGUCAACCCUAAAUAUGAGGGCAACGCCCUUCAGCUACAAAAAAAAAACGUCCUGAACUUGACAGAUGAUGGUGCAUUGUUCUCCCAAGAAGUCAGUAAGCAGAAAACCUCUGGAAACCUGAACUCUCCCGAGGCAGGAUUUGAUGCAAUCAUGCAAGUUGUGGUCUGCACAGAAGUGAUCGGCUGGAGGAAUGUCACUCGCCUCCUUGUGUUCUCCACAGAUGCUGGAUUCCAUUUUGCUGGAGAUGGAAAACUAGGUGGCAUCGUUCAUCCAAAUGAGGGGAAAUGCCAUCUUGAGAAUAAUAUGUACACCAUGAGCAACUACUUUGACUACCCCACCAUCUCUCAGCUGGUAGACACACUGAGUGACAACAACAUUCAGACCAUCUUUGCUGUGACAGAGCAAUUCCGGGAUCUUUAUCAGGAACUGUCUGCUCUAAUCCCUAAAUCAGCAGUGGGGACACUGUCUACCAACUCUACCAAUGUCAUCCAGCUCAUCAUUGAUGCAUAUAAUUCUUUGUCCUCAGGGGUCAUUCUGGAGAACAGCAAACUACCUGCUGGUGUGUCCAUCUCCUACAUCUCCCACUGCAAGAAUGGAGUGAGUGAAAAAGGAGAAAAUGGUCGAAAGUGCUCCAACAUCUCUAUUGGGGAUGAGGUCAUGGUCAAUGCGAGUGCAAAAAGUGUAUCUGUGACGCCAACUACAAAGGAAGUGCUUGCGAAUGCCCUUUGGACACCUCCACCUGUCUGGCCAGUAACAGACUGAUCUGUAACGGUCGGGGCACCUGCUAAUGCAGUGAGUGUAAAUGUACCGACCAAAGAUUUGAGGGUCCAACCAGUGAAAUCUGCCCAACCUGCCUAAGAAUUUGCACA